AAUGCUUAUCUUCUAAUUUACAAAAAUUCUUAUCUGUUGGAAAAAUCCACAGUGCUGCUUAUCCUUUAUUACUAUCAUGUUAUAGUUUUACAAAAAUGCUUAUCUUCUAAUUUACAAAAAUUCUUAUCUGUGGGAGAAUUCCACAGUGCUGCUUAUCCUUUAUUUGCAUUCAAUAUUUAUUUAGGAUCAGUGUUUCUUCUCAUAUUCUAAUUUUACACAUCUUCUGGUUUUCUUAAAUAGAUGUAUUUUCUUAUCUACCAGACUAUCUUCACACCAUCUGUGUUUGCUGUUGUUCUUGGGUUAGCAUGGGAUGUAACUCGUGCGCUCCGAGGUCCUAACAUCGACUCGGACCACUAUCUUGUUGCAGCUAAGAUUCGCACCCGCCUCUGUGCAGCAAAAAACGCACGCCAACAAACACAAGGAAGGUUCGACGUCGAGAAGCUGCAAUCACAACAUACAGCCGAACGAUUCUCUACUCGGCUUGCACUCCUGCUCUCGGAGAGCACUCGUCAACAACUCGGUACAGCUGCAACCGAAACCAUUGGUUUUCGGAAAGUGCAAAGGAACAGCUGGUACGACGAGGAGUGCCGUGUCGCAGCGGAGAGAAAACAGGCUGCCUACCACGCAACGUUACGAUCGACCACAACACGUGCGGGAUGGGACAGAUACCGAGAGUUGAAGAGGGAAGCGAGACGCAUUUGCAGACAGAAGAAGAAAGAGACCGAAAUGCGUGAGUACGAACAGCUCGAUAAGCUGGCCGACAGGGGUAAUGCUCGAAAAUUCUACGAAAAGAUGCGGCGACUUACAGAAGGUUUCAAGACCGGAGCAUAUUCCUGUAGAACCCCCCAAGGUGAUCUAGUUACCGAUGCCCAGAGCAUACUUAGAUUAUGGAGGGAACACUUCUCCAACCUGCUGAAUGGCAGUGACAGCACCACACCGGGAGAAGGCGAACUCGAUUCCCCAAUCGAUGACGAUGGAGCAGACGUUCCAUUGCCCGAUCGUGAAGAAGUUCGAAUAGCAAUUGCCCGCCUGAAAAACAACAAAGCGGCAGGAGCCGAUGGAUUGCCGGCCGAGCUAUUCAAACAGUGUGACUUCAGACCUGGUAAAUCAACAACCGACCAGAUAUUUACCAUGCGCCAAAUCUCUCACUCACUGUUGACAGUCAUAACUUUGAAGUUGUAGAUAAUUUCGUCUAUCUUGGAACCAGCAUAAACACCACCAACAAUGUCAGCCUAGAAAUCCAACGCAGGAUAACUCUUGCUAACAGGUGCUACUUCGGACUAGGUAGGCAAUUGAGAAGCAAAGUCCUCUCUCGACCAACAAAAACCAAACUCUAUAAGUCACUCAUAAUUCCCGUCCUGCUAUAUGGUGCAGAGGCCUGGACGAUGUCAACAACAGAUGAGUCGACGUUGCGAGUUUUCGAGAGAAAAGUUCUGCGAAAGUUUUAUGGUCCUUUGCGCGUUGGCCACGGCGAAUAUCGCAUUCGAUGGAACGAUGAGCUGUACGAGAUAUACGACGACAUUGACAUAGUUCAGCGAAUUAAAAGACAGCGGCUACGCUGUCUAGGUCAUGCUGUCCGGAUGGACGAAAACACUCCAGCUCUGAAAGUAUUCGACGCAGUACCCGCCGCGGGAAGCAGAGGAAGAGGAAGACCUCCACUCCGUUGGAAGGACCAAGUGGAGAAGGACCUGGCCUCGCUUGGAAUAUCCAAUUGGCGCCACGUAGCGAAAAGAAGAAACGACUGGCGCGCUGUUGUUGACUCGGCUAUAAUCGCAUAAGCGGUGGCCACGCCAUUUAAGAAGAAGAAGAAAGAACAACUUAGGAGCGGCAGUAUCAUUACGAAAUGCUCUGCAAGCAGCAUCAUGAGUUGUAACGAAGGAAGCUUGGUCGGAGUUGACAAGCCCUCAAGGGCUGCAAAUGUUGUGGUCGGAGUUAGCAGAAAUAUUAGAUAAUUAAGACGGCCACGCGAUUAGCAAUCAGAUGAAAGAAGAUAAAUUUAAAAGUGUAUGUGUGUGAUUUAUUAAAAACUAAUAUGUUUUUCCACUCACAGUCGUUAACCCACUGGAAACAGCAGGUUCGUCACCGAGCGAAUUAAGAAUAAUCUUUAGGUAUUCUAUAAAAAUAUAUUUUCCUUGGAUUCCUUUAAGGUUUCUUUAUUUUAAAUAUAUGUAUAUAAGUUUACACCAUGAACAAUAUACUACCGGCCAGAGAUAAUGAGAUGUCCAACUCCUCUCUCACUGGAAGUGUGAGAACAAUUGUUAAACGUCAAAACCACCUAAACUUUGACAGUUGACUGGAUUGAGGAGGUUUUGACGUUUAGCAAUUGGAAACGAGCGAUGGCCAGAUUGAAAUCCCGCCAAAUUCUUAUUCGAAUGGAGACUUUUUUCAUUUUUUUUUGUCUCCAUUUCUAACGGCCAUUAGUUCGAAGAAUAGGGAAAGCGCAACAGCACGUAAAUUGAAAGAUAUAAAAUGCCGAAAACAACCAGCAAAUGGAGGAAGUGUAUUGUUGGCUGCAACGAGGGAGGAAUAACAUUUGGAUUUCCAAACAGUGGAACGGACCUCGAACGGCGUAAAUGUUGGCUCAACCGUUUAGGUGUUUCCGAUGAAACACCUAAAAAUAUUUUUGCUUGUGAGCGGCAUUUUUCGGCAAAAAUGCGCCUUGAAAAACGAUUGCGUUCGGGGGCCGUUCCCGAUAUAAAUUUAAAAGUUGAGCCUACAUUUCACGUCCCAAAUUCGGAAUUAAAAAAUACAAUUUUAUUGGGUCUAGAAGAUUUUGCUCCCCAAGUUGAAGAAGCUGUCUCAAAUGCACAAAAUGCAUCGAGGCAGCUUUUUCCAAGUAUUCAAAAUGAAAUUGAAGAUGGAAUUUUAGAGCCUCUUCCAUUUUUUGAGGAGGAUGUAUCUUUUAAUAUUGAUAAGGCCGCGCAAACAGGUAGGGGUCUGACCGCAGGAACAGAAAGGAAUAAGAAAUUGAGGGAAGAGAAUAGGGUUUUGAAAAUAAAGUUAGAUGAAAAAGAGCAGGAAAAUAGAAGUUUAAAGGCCCAGUUAGUUGAAAUGGCCGCAGAAUUAGAAAGAUGUAGGGAACAGCUAAGGAAUAGCUCUUUGAGGGAACAGUCAGACCCUCUUUCUUUAGUUUGUAGCAAAGUUCCUCCUCAGUUAGGUGCUUGCAUUAGGAGUAGUUUUAUUAAUAGUAAUCGCCGUACCCAUGGUCGGCGAUAUGACAAUUUUUUGAAAACGAUAGCUUUGGGUGUAUUUUUUCUAUCGCCAGUUGCUUAUCGGCAUUUAAAGCACCAAUUAGAUUUUCCAUCCGAAAGUACUUUGGAAAACUUUGUUACAGACUGGCCCCGUCUCCCA